AUGGCGGAGGCAAAGCUAAAAGAACAUGGACUUCAGCCAAAGCAGUUUAAACUGCUGGAAACGAUCGAGCAGCUACGUGCCCUUGGCAUUGGCACUACCUUCGAGUUUCCAAAAUUCGUCGUCUGUGGAGAUCAAUCUGUUGGCAAAACCACCGUGAUCCAGGCAAUCUCUCGUGUUCGUUUGCCCACCAAUAGCACGCGUCUUGCAACUGAGCUCAUCAUCCGCAAGAGUGAGGUGCCACAGGCCAAAGUGACUAUCGAGCCUGGAUCUUCUCGAACUGAUGAGGAGGAGGUUAGGAAGUUACAGAAGUUCGAGGCUCUAACGCAUAGCAAUGACCUGGUUCCGUUGAUCCAGAAGGCGAAAGAAUGCAUGGGUAUGGCAGAAGGAGCGGAGGAAGGAUUUCGAGAUGACGUUCUCAAGAUCGAGAUACAAGGCCCAGAUUACUAUGAGUUGACCUUGGUGGACCUUCCAAGUCUUCCAGAGUGUAUCAAGGAGGACCAGAGCUCUGACGAACCCACUACCGCUCGCAAGCUGGUCGAGGCGUACUGGAAACAUGAGGGAAACAGCAUUCUGGUUGUGAACAGUGCAACAACAAAUUUCGGUGCCAAAAACGCCUUGGACCUUGCUAAGCGCUUUGAUCCGUCCUACAGCCGAACGAUUGGAGUUGUCACUUAUCUGAAUGCCCUCGAGCCAGGACCGGAAAGGGAACAGACUCUCAUCCGACUUUUGAAGAACGAGCCUUCGAGAACAAACCACAGAUACUUACCAUUGGGGUGGGUUGCUUUACCAAAGGAAUCUGCUGAGACCACAAAUUAUAUCCAUGACGCCUACCAAAAGGGUGCAUUCGAGGGUGAUCAGUGGACUGAGAUACUCAAAUCAUGCGUGGGAAUCAGUAGCCUCAGGAACCGUCUUCACACUGCACUGAGAUUUGAGCGGAUCGUUGGACAAGCAUUGAAUGGGAUGUACAACGACGAGUUCUUUCAUGAUUCAAACGACAAGGCGAAGACUGUCAAUUUACGAAAGCUUCGAGCCGUCAUCUCAGAUUUGAAUGAGGACUUUGCUGAAGCUAUGGAACUUCGAGGCAGCAGUUGUAUCAUUCUUGAUCCGGGCGCUCAACAACCAAUCGAAGAGAGCCAGUCAAUGAGUUCCAACCCUUAUCUUCGGGACUGGGAACCUGAGUAUAUUACUCGCGCUGCCCUUGAGGCAGAGGUGGCUAUGCAAAUCCGUGAAAACCGGGGCUCUAGCCUCCUCGUGGUGGAUCUGUACCGUAACCAGACGAAGCCAUGGAAAGAGAUUGCUAAGUGCCAUUUGAAGACCGUUUGGGAUGCCACAAAGCACUUUCUUCACCUUGUGCUUCGGGACCUGACGGACGAGUGCACUUAUCCUGCACUCCGCAGCUCGGCCAUAGACCCAGCUUUACAUAUAUUAAAGGAUGGUCUGCUGAGCAAGCUCGAAGAACUGGCCACAGUCGCGAGUAAAGGCUGCCCUCUACUUAUCAGCCAGAGACAUCAUUCUCGGGUCUUGAAAGCAUGGUCGGAGUGUCAGUCGGAAACACUCAAGAAGAAAUUUGGACCUCCAACCGCCACGAACAGAGGUCCUUCUGCAGAAGCCUUCUCGCGUGCUGGUCUGCAGAAAGCUUCAUGGGACAUUGACUCUUCGGAUAUGGUCAUUGUUGCAUCUGCGAUCAUCGAUGACAUGAAGGCGUAUUACGAUGAUGCAAUAAUGAUGUUCAUCAACAACAUCUCAAUUUUAUCUAUCGAGAACUGCCUACUGGAACCAGCAAAGAGUAUAUUUACAUGUUUGACGGUGAAUAGCAUGGAUGAUCAACAGAUUCAAGAUCUUGCCAUGGAAUCGGAUUUAGUAUGUUUGGAGCGUCGGCGCCUCAUCGAUUAUCGCGACAAGCUGAGAGCUGGACUGAGCACGUUACUUUCCAACAAUUUUUUCGAGCCUCACCGGAAGGACCUGAGCAAGUCAGAAGCUUCCAUAGGAGCUCCUGCUACAAAAGGUUCAGCAUUCGCUCAGUACAUGGCUAGACCUCUCAAGCGGAUCUCGAUUCGGUAA